CUGUACAUUCCCAUCACCCAGGCCUGCUGUGCGGUCUUAGCAGGAUGAGGGCACUGCUUCUGCUGUUAUCCUUCAGCAUUUUUCAAGUGAUCUUUUCCGCUCCAACGUUAUUUCUGCCUAACAACGUGACCAUCCCUGAAGAUGCCCCUCGGAGCACACUGGUGGCAAGGAUUACGGCGACUGCCGCACGGUUUGAUUCUAUAGUUGGAGCCCCUUUUAUAGUGAACUCAAAUCCAGUGAUGCACCCCUUCGCGAUUAUUCUGAAAGCUGUCAAUUAUUGGGAGUUGAUAACGACCAGCACACCCAAGCUGGACUUUGAAGCUGUCCCCCUAUACACCCUUCAAAUCCUAGUGGAAGACAGUAAAGGGACAACAGCCACUCAGUCCAUUGUCGUUGAGAUCUCCAAAGUCAACAAACCCCCGAUGUUCACUGGUACACUGGCUGAUAAAGACGCAGAGGUUUAUAUUCCUGAAAAUACUCCCAUUUCCACAGUCAUUUACAAAGUGGCGGCUAAAGAUCCAGAUAAAGAUAUUCUGCAGUACUCCAUCGCUCCUCGAAACUCAGGAUUUCAGAUUGACAACACCGGGACCAUCGUUACCACUGAAAUGUUUGAUUAUGAAAGUAAUACAAAAAGCUAUACUUUAACAGUUACAGUAACUGAUGGGUCUCUUUCAAAAUCUGCAAAAAUAAUGGUCCACAUCACAAAUGUGAACGACAACGACCCUUCACUGACUUGUGUCUUUUACAGUAUCACAACCGUUGGAGUGACCAUACAGACAAAGACCUCGGGGAACACCGUGAGCAUUGAACUAGAUGAGGAGCUUCCAAUUGGACGGGCGGUGAACACCUGCACAGGCUCCGACGCCGACGAGAUGAAUGACCUCACUUUUCUCCUGGACCCUGGAAAUCCUUAUUUUUCUAUAAGCAAAGAGACAGGAACGGUGGUCAUAAUCUCCAGGAUGGACAGCGAGGCAGCCGGGUUUGUAAGCGCACAAUCCUAUACUGUCAAAGUGUGUGACCGAGACAAUAAAUGCGCCUCAAUCUUAGCGACUGCAAAUAUUCUUCCCAUUAAUGACAACCCCCCAGUCUGUGAUUCGUAUAUGUACAGGUUUGUGGAACCAGAGCCUAUUACAAAAGACACCAUAGUCGCCUCUUUGAGCUGUCAUGAUCCAGAUGUCCCUCCAAAUAAUCUGGAAUAUAAACCACACAGUGGUCCACUUGGUUUGGAUAAAUUAUUCCAGCAGACGGCGACCAAUUCAAAUAUUAUAAAGGUAAACCGUGCUCUGGACUAUGACACAGACCCCGUCACCACCUAUGAGAUGAUGAUGUCAGUAUCAGACUCGCCAGACACACCUCACACUGUGACUGCAACUAUAAUUGUGUCUGUGACUCCCGUCAACAAUUUCAAUCCAAAAUUUGAAUGGACAACGUAUACCUUCAGUGUGCAGGAAACUUCUGAAGCCGGGACCAUCGUGGGUCAAGUAACAGCUACAGACGAAGAUCUCCCGAGCUGCAUAACGUAUAAGAUCCGAGAAGGCAACACCGACGUAAUUAGUACAUUUUGGAUAAGCCCGACCUCGGGAAUCAUAGAACUGGUGACUCGCCUGGAUUUUGAAGCUAAAGAGUCUCACACCUUGGUUAUUGAGGCCACAGACUGUGACACUGUUGACCCUCGAAUUGAUGUUGCUACAGUCACUAUUAAUGUAAUAGCGGAGAACGACGAGGCCCCUGUGUGUAGACCGUCCAGGUACUCCGCCGUCAUCUACGACAACAUCACCGCAGGGAUAAACAUCAACAACUUCCGGCUCAACUGCCAAGAUCGCGACUCGAAAAAUACAGAUAUGCGAUAUGAAAUAGCUUCAGGAAACGUUAACAAUCACUUUGCUUUUGAUCCCACCCAUGGCUCCCACAAUCCUAAACUCAUCCUAAAAACCCCUUUUGAUUUUGACAAUGGCGCUGACAGGCAGCAGAGUUACAACCUAGUGGUCCACAUCGUUGAUGACAAUGCAAAGGAUGGUCGUGUUCAACAGCCGAGGACGGGGACAACCAUGAUCAUGAUAAACGUGGUGCGAACCAAUACACCACCUCCACCCACAACUGACUACUAUAAAAGAAAAGGACUAACAAUAGUAGACAAGAAUGUUAAUACAUUUGACCCCGCUGCCUGGUAUGUGCCCUUUCUUUUAACUCUCAUGGCUCUGUUCCUUGCUGCUCUUCUGGGAUGGGUAGGUCAUCUUUUGUGGAAAUAUGGCAACUUGAAGGCCCUGUGCCAAAAGGCAAGAAGCACAGUUUCCAAGAGGAGAGUAAAGACCUAUAAAACAGGAACAAAAAAAGAGAAGGUGGAAGUUAUAACGGAAACAACAACCUUUGAAACUGUCUUUGAUGGAGAGGCCUUGGAUCCAGUCACAGGGAAAAUGUAUGAAUAUAACAGCAAGUCAGGAGCUAGAAGGUGGAAGUCCAUGCUGCAAGCCAAUGAGGAGAAGAUAAAACUUUCCGAUAUUUCCACUGUAUCCGAAGCCCUGGUCCCUGUUCUUUCAACUGCUCCUGCUAUCAAGAGUACCUAAGGAGAAACAUGUCUGCUCUGAAGAUCUGACCUUUGGGAUCACUGAUGCAUAUUCUUGUGGGAUUUUGGUGGCAUACCAUCUCAGAUCAAUGCUGUUUUCUCGAUAUAAUUUUCCUGUGAAAUGAAAUAAGCAGAAAAAUUAUAAUAUGGACAUAUUGUAUCAAAGAAAAUGUUCUAAUCUAUAGAGUGAAGGCUAUUAU